GUAAGCAUGGUUUUGGAUUAGACUAAAGUGCAAUUGCAUAUUAUUCUUCCUGUCGCAAGCAAUUACGUUCCCUUCCUUCCCUCCGGUACAGUAAAGCCAGUCAAGAAUCGCCGCCUCAACUGUGGAAGUAGGUGACCCCAAUCCAAUCCAAUCCUACUAUAAAUACGACCGUCUCUGGUACCCAGCAGCAGACAAGAAAAAGAGAAUUAUUGAGGCCUGAGAGAAAUAAUAAUCAUGGCAAAAUUGGUGAGCAACAAGCAGGUGAUUUUGAGGGACUACGUCUCUGGCAGGUAUCCGACCGAGUCGGACAUGUAUGUGAAGACAAGUAACAUAAGCUUGAAGGUUCCACAUGUACAACAAGGACAAGGAGAAGGGCCUUGUAAUAAUAUUGUGUUGGUCAAGAACCUCUACUUGUCCUGCGAUCCAAUGAUGCGAUUUCUCAUCAUGGAUACUUCUCAUUACAAAAUGACCAAAUACGAAUAUUGUACCCCUGGCUCUCCAAUUCGUGGGUAUGGUGUGGCCAAAGUUUUGGACUCCAGUAAUCCAGAAUUUAAAGAAGGUGACUUGGUAUGGGGGCUAACCAGAUGGGAAGAGUAUAGCUUCAUCACAAACACUAAAAGCCUCAUCAAAAUCCAGCACACUGAUGUACCCCUUUCCUACUAUACUGGAAUUCUGGGUAUGCCCGGUAAGAGUGCUUAUGCUGGUUUCUUUGAAGUAUGCACUCCGAAGAAAGGGGAAUACGUGUUCGUGUCUGCAGCAUCUGGAGCAGUUGGACAGCUUGUGGGACAAUUUGCAAAAUUGGCUGGUUGUUAUGUUGUUGGAAGUGCUGGAAGUAAAGAAAAGGUUGACCUGCUGAAGAAUAAGUUGGGGUUCGAUGAGGCCUUCAACUACAAGGAGGAGCAUGAUUUAAACGCAGCUCUGAAAAGGUAUUUUCCUCAAGGCAUUGAUGUCUACUUUGAGAAUGUUGGUGGGGAUAUGCUGGAGGCUGUGCUGCUCAACAUGAGAGAACACGGUCGCAUUACUAUUUGCGGAAUGAUUUCACAAUACAAUCUUCCCGAGCCUCAAGGAAUUAAAAACUUGAUGCAAGUUGCAUUUAAGAGACUGCAUAUACAUGGAUUUACACAUCGCGAUUACGAUCACAUCGUGCCCAAAUACUUAGACUUUGUGCUGCCUUACAUCCGCCAAGGCAAAUUAGUGUAUGUGGAAGACAUAGUUGAAGGCCUUGAGAAUGGUCCAGCAGCCCUGGUUGGGCUUUUCAAUGGCCGCAACUUUGGCAAACAAGUCAUUGCACUUGCUCACCAAUGAAUCAUCAAAUCUCUACUUGUUAAUUCUUCAGUGUUGUUGUUGUUGUGCCUUCUUCUUAUAUAGCCUAUGGCUAGUUCUGCUUGUAAUUCUCUGUCCGUGCUUUGAGAAAGCAAGGGUCAGGUUGGUUUGGUGGGAUUCCUCAAGCAUAUUAUUGUAAUCGGCUACAGUAAUUUGUUUAAAAAAUGUAGCAGGGCCGAUCCAUUGAUAUUGGAGGCCCUGGACAGAAAUAAAAAUUGAGGUCUUUUAUCUUCAA